AUGGCUGGUGACGUGAGACUGAUCUGGCGCCAAGAUCUGUUCUCACGAGCGGAUGCAGUCAACACUUCCGGUCAAUACCAGAUUGUUCAACACCGUGAUAUUCAAGCAUGCCUUCGUGCCCUGUGGAACAUCGAUCAUGCUCCCUCGAGACCCACUAGGACACCAGUACCAGAGAUCGCAGAACAACUGUUCCCUGCCGAGACAGAUAUCUCACCUUGGAGAUAUAUGCAGCCGAUCUUUCAGCAUAUUGUCUCAGUGACCAGCGAAAGGCAUAUUGCCUUGUCGUUUGAGGUGCUUACCAGUGUGUCUGCGGCUGCAUAUUAUCUUUCGGUAAACAAGUUCGGUGAUCUGCUCCAUGGAGCCGAGUUUGAGCUAGCGAAACGAGGGGAUUCCUGGCUAGCCAACUUUCGCCUGCAUCAAGUUGGGCGUUUCAGGCGCAGGCUGGCCAAGCUAGGCCAGUACUGGACCUCCAGCGACAAGAUCAGUACUUGGGCAGUGAACUGCAAAGACGCAGAGUUUUCUGCGACUUGGGAGGACCUCCCCGUGGGGGAUAGAGAAGGGGAGGCAUUAGCCUUGGAGACAACACCCCAGAAGAAUUUAUCCGCAUGA